UCUCCCUGACGCCGGAAGUCACGCGGGGCGCGGUGUGACAAUGCUGGGAGCGAGCCCGAGCUGACCGUCAGGAUGGAGGCCGUGCUCAAUGACCUGGUGGCCGUGGAGGAUUUAAUGAGGUUUGAGAAGAAGUAUCUGGCUGAACUCUCCUCUGGCUCCUUGACAAAGGGCACUCAGUUUGAAUAUGCCUGGUGUCUGAUACGCAGCAAGUACAACGAUGAUAUCCGCAAAGGCGUUGUGCUGCUUGAAGAUCUUUUACCAAAGGGAAGUACAGACGAGCAGCGGGAUUAUCUAUUUUACCUUUCUACGGCACAUUACAGGUUAAAAGAGUAUGAAGAAGCUCUGAAAUACGUCCGAACUCUUCUUAAGAAAGAACCAAAGAACUCGCAGGCCAGGGAAUUGGAGAAAAUAAUUGAAAAAACCAUGCAGAAAGAUGGACUCGUUGGUAUGGCUAUUGUCGGCGGGAUGGCUCUUGGAGUUGCCGGACUAGCUGGCCUCAUCGGUUUGGCUAUUUCCAAAUCCAAAUAAAUGUAUUUGACUUCCCCCCACCCCCCAAUGUUUUGCCUUAUUUUGCACAGAUUAACCCUGUAACCCAAACUAACAUUUUCCUAAUUUAAAGAGAAAUAAAAAUAUUAUGCUUCUGUUA